AUGCUCAAAUUCGGUUCCAGAAGGUGUGCGUCCACUUUCCAAAAAGCAGACGCCAAACUCGAGCAGUUUUACAAGUAUCAUGCUACUCAGGCAUCGUUGAGACCGUGGAUUUACAGACCACGUAAUGGUAACAUGCUUCUGACCAUGGACCUGAAAGACCCAGAGUCGGAUGCUCCGCUGAAGCCAAGAGCACCCGUGAAGCCCCUGAGUCGCAAAACCCUCAAUACUUACAUAUGGUCGGCACAAGAGGCGUCGCAAUUGCUCGAUCUCUUGCACAAAUGGACGUCGUUGACGACCAGAAAAGUCGGGAUCUGGCACUAUUUCACCGCCAGUCAUCUUCAGAACAUUCUGUUUGCCUCCACGUUCAAGCUCGGUAAGCUUUCGUCGUUCCUAAAGCAUCUGUAUCUGUGGCGUCCUCGUUUCGUGGAAGCCCACAACGGCGCUAUUUUCGACGUGGAGCACUUUUUCAACUCUGUCGUGACCUGUCAACUGCAUAGAAACAGCUCAAGGAACCUGUGCGACGCAGAAACAGCUCAAAACAAGCUUCUCACCGCAUGGAGCCAAGUCAAUGACAAGAAAAAUGAAAGCGGGCUCACCUCUCACCUGGUCGCCGCUCUCGCCAAGCAACAGGGCUUUUCUGCAGAUCUGCCGCUCGCAGGACUAACCCAAGCACCUCUUGUUCUUCCAACUGCAGAUUUCGAGCAUUUAUCGAAUGGCAAACUCGCCGCUUUUUUAAGCGAGAACAAAUUCAAAUAUAUCAUGGCUCGCAGUCUGUUGGAGUAUGGUAACUCUGUUCCAACUGCUCUCGAAUUUGUCGAGAAUUACAAAGCCAUUUUGGAAAAGCUGAAGCGUCCCGAUAUUUACCACGAAUACGUUGCCAACGCUAAAACUUUGGCUACGGUACCGACGCCUUCGACUAAUGCAGCCCCUCAUCCAGCUGCUGAACAAUGA